CCUUGUGGGCAAGCCUCUCUCAGAGAGAAACAUUUGGGGUCCUUUUACUUCACGUGCGCGUGGUGGUGUGAAGCAAGCAUGCCCAAGUCGAAGAGGGACAAGAAAAUUUCUUUAACCAAAACAGCCAAGAAGGGACUCGAGUCCAAACAGAAACUAAUAGAGGAGUUACGGAAAUGUGUCGACACCUACAAAUAUUUGUUCAUCUUCUCUGUAGCUAACAUGAGGAAUAACAAACUGAAAGACAUCAGGACAGCCUGGAAACACAGCAGAUUCUUCUUUGGAAAAAACAAAGUAAUGAUGAUUGCCAUCGGGAAAGGAGAAACAGACGAAUACAGGGACAAUUUAUGUCAGGUCAGCAAGCAUCUUCGGGGCGAAGUGGGAGUGCUUUUUACCAAUAAAACCAAGGAGGAGGUGCAAGAGUAUUUCGGACAUUACAGAGAGAUGGAUUAUGCGCGGUCAGGAAAUACGGCUCAGAUGGACGUGACUCUGGAUGAGGGUCCUUUGGAACAGUUCCCUCACUCCAUGGAGCCUCAGCUAAGGCAGCUUGGCCUCCCCACUACGCUCAAGAAGGGUGUUGUGACGCUACUAAGGGACCACACAGUCUGCAAAUGUGGCGAUGUCCUCACCCCCGAACAGGCUCGAAUUCUGAAACUGUUGGGUGUCGAGAUGGCAGAGUUCAAAGUGAAGAUCAAAUGCAUGUGGAGCUCUGAAACGGGCGCAUUUGAGAUCUUGGAGGGGGAGGAAGAGCCCAUGCAGGACGACAAAGAAGAUGAGGAGGAUGAUUGACCGGAAACGAUGAUUGUGCAGGUUUAUUUGUUUCGUAAUCUUGUUUUUAUUCUUAAACGUUACAUCACGAUCGAGAAAACAUAUGGAACAUCUUUUUUUUCAUCAUCCCAAAAACGUAUUCUCCAACUUGACAUUUUAGAUACGGACUGAAAUGUUGCUUACGAGUACUUGUUAAUUUGGAGAACAGGUUAGAAUUAUUUUCAUGUAAAAUCUGAUGAAAUAUGAAAAUGAAGCGUUAUCUCUUUUACAAAACUGUGUGUGCUGUACAAUUCAUCUUCCGGUAUAAUUAGAGUUAAAGACGGAAGGGAGGCGAGCAUGGAUGUGCACAUUCAAAUUAUGUUUGAUCAAAAGAAGUUAUAUAGUCCUCUGAAGGCCAUUCCACAUUUAUGAAAAAAUACACACUCAUAAAGUUAGAGAUAUUGGGGCUUUGGGGUGAAAUUUAAGGAUGAAAUUAAAAUGUGCUGUAACCUUUACUAGAGAACUUGACUUAAACUUUUGAACGCACGUCCAACUUUUCAGUACUUUAUGCAUAACUUGCUGACUACCAAGGAGCUGAAGGCGACUGGAAGAGUAACAGGAAAGGCAUUAGAUGUGGACGUUCAUUGAAAUUUUCAUGAACCAUUCAAUAGGUGUACGUGCAUUAAAAGGUUUACAGAAAGUCAAAUUUAGUUCACCUGUAAAGGUUAUGGUGCAUUUUAGGUUCAUCCUGAAAUUUCACCCGAAAGCCCAGUAUCCCUAACUUUUUGUGAUUACUCGAUGAUUAAGAGAUCAUCAACAAAUUUGUGCCGCACAUCCCUGGACGAUCUCGCUCUGCUCCGUCUAUCGGAAAUAGUUAGGACACUCGUGAGCUCCCAGGUUCCAACCGUCCCCGAAGGCCUUUACCACCCUCUCGUCAAGAGGACCUUCCUCCGUGGCGGCUAGAUUCUGUCUGAGCUGCUCCACACUGGACAUCCCAAUGAUGACGCCGUCGCCGAGGUCACCCUUCAAACAAGCAAGAGGCGUUACAACGCAAUCCUCCGUGAUCACAUUGAUCGAUGUGUGUCUGUGGCACCUUGAGCUGGGAGUGGUGGUACAUCCAGCGCAUGGCGGCAGACAACAUGGUGGGUGGUGUCGGGCUGUACGCCACCUCCAAGGC